UACCACAAGCUCCACUCGUGAAAUUCCGAAAAACCCACUUCCUCUGCUAUAUAUUAAGCUCUCUGCGCCUGUCACCUACCAUUCCCAUCCAAAGCUGAUUCCUUUCUUUUUUCAUCCUCUCCACCUUCUCUCUUGCUUCUCAGUCCUACCCAAACAGCUCCAAAACCUUCACAAUCCAAGCCAAGAAACGAACAAUUCAAAGAGAACCCCAGCGGAGAACUAAGAAAAAUGGCAGCUGCGAGAGGACACUUCAACUUAACGGCAAGAACCGUGCCCGAAUCCCACCAACACUCGGCAUGGCACUCCCCGGUGCCGUACCUCUUCGGCGGGCUCGCCGCGAUGCUCGGCCUAGUUGGCUUCGCGCUCCUGAUCCUCGCGUGCUCUUACUGGAAGCUGUCCGGCCACUUCGACGCCAGGAACGACAGCGAGGACUCCUUGCAGCAGAACCAGUGGGACCUCGAGGCCAGCGCGAAGGAGGAGGGAGCGGAUCGCGGCGGCAGCGAGAUGAAAGACAAGGUUUUCGAGGAGAAGAUAGUGGUGAUCGUCGCCGGUCGAGCGAAUAACAUGUUCUUGGCCACGCCCGUCUCGUACCCCAGCAGCAGCAACUGCAGUACCAGCAGCAGCAGUAGCUGCAGUACGAGGUUGUCUUGCUUCGAGGAGAGCGUGUGCGGCAGUGUUGGGGACAAGAGAGAGAAGUCGGCGGUCGGACAGGCGGAGAUUGGGAGCAAGCAUGGCGAGUCUCAUCAGGUGGAUAGCAGCGGGGAAUUGGAGAACCAGGAUGGCUUUGAUCAGAGAUCUUGAUCUGGGGAAUUCGUUUCUUUUGCUUUUAGAAUGAUGAGCUCGUGGGUUUGGGCAUGACUUAGCUUCAAGAAUUUUUCUUUUUUGCUGUCUUUUCCUAUUUUCUCAUCUUUUUAUUCCCCCGUUGUGGUCCGGGAACUGUA